AUGAGAGGGCUUAACAGAGCUCAAACCGCACUGCGGCAGUGCACACACGAUGGCGUCGUCCUAUCCACGAGGCGCACCGUCGCGACCAGAGCUCUCGCCGUAGCCCCAAGCUCCCCUGCCCGCCCACGAGCGGCACCACAAACCCUUCCUCGCCCCACGGCCCUCCCGCGCGCACACGCCCUCUCAAGAUGCUUCUCCCAGACUGCCGUGCUGGACGGCAAGAAGAGCAAAGACAGGAGAGCUAGCAAGCGAUCAGCAGAGCGGGUAGAGGCAGCAGCCCGGGAAGAAGAGGAGGAGGAGGCGGCCGCGGCGCCGUCCAGGGGCCGCGCAAAGGAGAAGGCGGCGCAGCAGGCGCAGGGCGACUUCGACCGCGAGGCUGCCUUCGACCUGGGCGAUGUCGACGCCGAGUACGCGCGCGUGGACGAGCGGUCCGAGAAGCGGCUGCAGGAGUUCAGGGUGGGCGGGCGCUUCAACCCGGAGAUGCUGGGCCAGCUGCGGGUGCGGCCCGACUGCGAGUCGGCGCAGUCGUGGCCGCUGCGCGAGCUGGCGCAGGUGGUACACCGGGGCGGGCGCAGCGUGUCCAUCCUGGUCAGCGACGCCGAGUACGUCAAGCCCAUCAUGUCGGCCGUGCAGAACAGCGACGACUUCAACCAGCAGCCGCAGCGGGACCCGGACAACGAGCUCGAGCUGCUGCUGCGCAUCGAGCCCGAGGACCCGGAGGAGCAGCUGAGGCGCCUGCGCGGGGAGAUCACCGCCUGGAGGGACGCCGUCCGCGGCGUCAUGGCCGCGAGGAAGCACAGGCACGCCGCGUGGCUCAAGGAGAAGCACGUCACCAAGGACGAUGUCAAGGCGCUGGAGAAGAAGAUCAAGUCCAUGCAGGACAAUAAGAUCGAGCAGGUCAACCGGAGCGAGAAGCAGAUCGUGCAGCAGAUGGCCAAGAGGCAGACACGGCUGUAG